GGUCAUCUUUAUAUAUGUCAAAACCACGGUUUCAAAACAAAAUAUGUUCAGAAAAUAAAAAUAACAUUAUUGAUUAUGAUUAUUCCCAAAUAAAAUUUUAUACAACAUAUUUUAUAUCAAGUACAGUUCUAGUUUCAGAGAGGUAUUUAUUCUACAAUAGUGAAAACGCAUAAUGGCUAACCCAUCAGAAAGUACCAUGGAUUCCAAUGAGUGUACUGAAAUGCCUGAAGAUAUCAAAACUGUUCAAUUACUAGCCAAAGGACUCUUAGAACUGUAUGAACCUCCACUUGUGACCAUUAAAACUCAUUUGAAAGAAUUAACGGAUAAACAAGAUGCAGUUCACAACAUGCUGUUAUCAGAGAGACGAAGGCUGGAAGAUCUUCAAAAUGAUGUAACUCUAGAUGCUUUAUUGGCAGAUGUAGCAACCAGCAAAGAAAAACUUAAUUUAAUAUCAAAUGCAAUGAUUACUUUACAUAAGAGAGUGCACUCCUUACAAGCCCGGGCUGCCAAUGUGGAGAAAGUGGCCAAGAGCAGAGCUAUCCAAAGUCCAUCAAAAAGUAGUUAAAAUACUGGAAAGUGCAUGAUGGACACAUAAUCAUUUUUGAUCCAAAGUGUAUAGAAGCUUUAUGUAUGUUUUGAAUUUUUCUGUUUGAUAAUUUAUUUUUAGUUAGCUAGUUCUAUUCUCAUUUUAAUUGCAAAGAAUAAUUAUUUAUAAGAAUUUAAUAUAGGUAUAAGCUAUUUUGUUGUAUAGGGUUUAUAAUAUUUGUUAAAUUGAAAAGCAAACACAUUUUUAAUUUUUAUUAAACUUAAUAAAAUAUACAUUUCCUUAUUGCGAUAAAACUGUGCAUUCCAUUAAAUUGUGUAAUAAAAUAGUUAUUGUCUAUGAGAUAUAUUUCCUAAGGCUAAUGUUACGUUGUCACUAAGACUAGUUUUAAGUAUGUAAUCAUAACAUUGAAAAUGGCAGUUGGUUAAAUAAAUUACUAUAAAGCAUU